UAUUUAAAGGAAAUGACGUCACGUGGUUACCGUAGCUAACGAGCCCACACUCAUCUGUGCAGCGAGCUGAACAUCUGCAAGAGUGUUUUUGUCCGUAUCUUCGGCUACCAUCUAUUUCUAAAGCGCUUGGGGAUUUAAAGGGAAAUAAAAUGAACUUCUACUGAAUGAGGACACUCCGGAAGGACACAAUACAGACAUGUUCAGUCCCAAAGAAUUAGAGGGAGAAGUUGACCACUCGUUCUUUGACAGUGACAGUGAAGCAAAUGAGGCCUCACAAAGACACAAUGAGAGGAAAGGAAAGGAGACCCAUAUUUCAAUGGACCGGUUAGGAGCUGAAUUCCAGAGUGAACGAGAUGGAAUAGCAGGACUGAAGAACGGUUCAGCCCAGGAGGGCAGGAGGGAACACCAUGGAGAGAAAGAUUCUGAGAGGGAUGAAAAAAGCAGUGAUGUGUCAUUCAGCGGAUCCUUGCCACUUCCAAGUGCCAAAAGUUCAGAAACUAGGAACAACAGCCAAUCAGAUGAAGGAUCUAGUGUGCAGUCAUACUCAUCCGAUGAGGAGAGAGAUCUGGAUGAUGAGGAUAAUACAGGUUUUAAACUCAGGAAAACCAGCAAUGGUAGUGUUAAUAGUGGUGAUGAUGAUGGAUACCAUCGCAGUGCUGAUGAUGAAAGUGAAGAGGAUGAGAUGCCUCCAGGAUCUCGAACAGCAAAACAUAGAUUGUCCCGCGGAAUGCCUAAAAAAUCUGCUGGUAAAUUUCGCAACCUGAGCCGUAGCAAUUCGUCAUCUUCUGACACAGAGUCAUCCCACAGUAGUAGUGAUGAGAGAAGCUCCCUUCAUUCACAGAACUCUCCUGUGAAACCUCACCGAAUAGGCUCAGCCAAUCAGAGGGAGAGAUCUAAAGCCUUAGAUACUGCAGAAUCUGAAGAUACAGUCACUGAUGUCACUCCUCUCUCAACACCAAAUCUUAGUCCUGUCCAGUCCAUUGACAUGGUUCUGCACUCUAAACCUUUGGCAGCAGAUGUUCAGCAACAACAGCACAAUGUUGCUGGGGAGAUGGUUGCAAAUGAAGUGGUUUCAGACGACAGAGACAGUAUAAGUUCUGAAGGUGAGGAUGGACCAGUGUUUUUAAAAGUAGAGAAGCACUUGGACAGAGCACUGGUGCUUUCCAGCCCUGGGAGUGUUAGCAGCAACCGUAGUCGCAAGAACUACUCUUUCACCAAUGAAGAGGUACGGGCCAUCGACCGAGAGAACCAGCGGUUGUUACGUGAACUCUCACGUUCAUCAGCACCCUCACGUAAUGCCGGCUCUGCCUGCUCCACCACCAGCAGUCGCAGGAGCAAUGCACCACCCAUACGCCUUUAUCACAGCGCCCUCAACAGGCAACGAGAGCAAGAACGCAUUCAGAAGGAAAACCUGGCAUUCCUGAAGCGGCUAGAAUCUGUGAAGGCCACUUCUGGUAUGACCAGAGACGAACAACUAGCUGAUUACCAGCGCCAGUGCCGAUACCUGGGAACACACAUUACAUCUGUGCCACCCCUUAAACCAGGAUCCAGCAGGACAUCUGGAAGGAGUUCAAGACCCUGCAGCAGUCCGCACAGAGCUAGACCAGAGACUGCUAAACUCAACAGAGCAUCACCACGGCCCGCCUGGUCCUGAUCCUUAAAUCUUUCACUUUAUCUGCCCCUCUACAUUUAAAUAUUCUGCCCUACUAUAAAAUCAAAAUGUAACUAAGUUUAGAUCACAUCGGCAAACAUCCUGUAUGAUUGUAAACUGCUUAAACACAUUAUUUCCUUUAGAACUGGGGAGGCAAAAAUAUACAUUUCUCAAAUAUACAUGUGGUCAACACAGCUUAAGGUUUGAUUAUGUUGUUUAAAUAUUUUUAUGUAUUUUGUCAAAUAAUAAAUGCAAAUGGUUCAGGGACCAUAAAGUGGGACAUUAAGCUUUCAGAGACAUUCUUAGUGCCUAUGUGUGCAGCUCAAAAAAAAGGCUUAUACACCGAUCAGCCAAAGCAUUAAAACCACCUGCCUAAUAUCAUGUAGGUCCCCCUCGUGCCGCCAAAACA